AUGCGCAACGAGUGCUUAGUUAUUAUCGAAGACAUGUGUGUAAAUAUGUGCGGCAGCCUAUUAUCAACUUUGGGAAUGCCAGCGCCAAAUCGUUCGAUGCACGAUGCAUUCAAUCGCGAACUGCAACGAGAGAACAACUAUGAUCGAGAUGAAAUGGCCGAAAGAAUCCAAAGAAAUGUUCCGCUAUUGAAUGUCGAACAGAAAAACGUAUACGAUUCGCUGAUAAAGGUUAUUGACGAAGGAACUGGAGGCAUUUAUUUUCUCGAUGCUCCCGGUGGAACAGGUAAAACAUUUGUCAUUUCAUUGAUACUGGAAAAAGUUCGAUCAAGAUCACAAAUUGCGUUAGCUGUUGCAUCGUCUGGCAUUGCUGCCACAUUGUUGGAAGGGGGUCGGACUGCACAUUCAGCUUUGAAGCUGCCGCUGAAUCUGCUUACGGUUGACGAGCCAACAUGCACCGUGUCCAAGAAUUCGGCGACAGCGAAAUUAAUGCGGGAAUGCAAAAUCAUCAUUUGGGAUGAAUGCACAAUGGCGCAUAAACGAGCUUUGGAGGCAGUUGAUCGAACGAUGAAGGAUUUACGAGCAAAUUUUUGUGAGUUCACAUCGUCUAAGGAGGAACUCAUCACCAAAGUGUUUCCAGGCCUUGAACAAAAUUAUACAAGUUUACAGUGGAUUAGUGAACGGGCAAUACUAGCAGCGAAGAAUAAGGACGUCGAUAGCUUGAAUAUCAUUAUUCAAAACCAAAUCCCCGGAGAAUUGCACUCCUACAAAUCCGUUGAUAGCGUGGCAGACGAGGAUGAAGCAACAAACUAUCCAACCGAAUUUUUGAACUCUCUUGAUGUGCCUGGAACUCCACCCCACAAUUUACAGCUGAAAGUGGGAUCGAUUGUAAUAAUGUUGCGGAAUCUGAAUCAUCCCAAAUUGUGCAACG